UCUUUCGUUCGAAGUUUCAAGCGCCGUCCUUGUUAACCUAACAUUACAAUACAUCACACCAGAGAAGAAGAGAUACUAAAAAAGAAGCAGAGGGUAAAAUAGGCACAAUGACGUCACCUACAGCCGAUUUACAGCUACCACCGGGAUUCAGGUUCCAUCCAACCGACGACGAGCUGGUCACACACUAUCUCUGUCGUAAAUGCGCCUCGCAGCCUAUCGGCGCCCCGAUUAUCGCCGAAAUCGACCUCUACAAAUUCGAUCCAUGGGAUCUACCUGAUAUGGCCUUAUACGGAGAGAAGGAGUGGUACUUCUUUUCACCAAGAGACCGGAAGUACCCGAAUGGGUCGAGGCCGAACCGGGCGGCUGGGAGCGGUUACUGGAAGGCGACCGGAGCCGAUAAGCCGAUUGGGCAUCCGAAGCCGGUUGGGAUUAAAAAGGCUUUGGUUUUCUACGCAGGGAAAGCGCCUAAAGGGGAAAAAACCAAUUGGAUUAUGCACGAGUAUCGGCUGGCCGACGUCGAUCGUUCGGCUCGGAAGAAGAACAGCUUAAGGCUGGACGAUUGGGUUCUGUGCCGCAUAUACAACAAGAAGGGGUCGAUCGAGAAGCAGACACCGCCGCAAGUGGCCGGAAACCUGAAACAGAGCUUCUGGGGUAAUGAUGAGGUGGAGGAUAAGAAGCCGGUUCCGGGGAUAGGGUUGACCGGAUUCACGAACAAGUCUGCGCUGCCUCUAGCUCCGACGGUGGGGGUGAAGAGUGACUUGAUGUGCUUCGACAAGUCGGAUUCUGUGCCACGGCUGCACACUGACUCGAGUUGCUCGGAGCACGUUGUGUCGCCGGAAUUCACGUGUGAGGUGCAGAGCGAGCCGAAAUGGAAGGACUGGAGAAGCGGGCUUGAUUUUCCGUAUAAUUACAUAGAUGCCACGGUGGAGAAUGGGUUUGAAUCCCAGUUUUCCGGAGCGAAUCAGAUGUCGCCGCUGCAGGAUAUGUUCAUGUACCUGCAGAAGCCAUUUUGAAGUGAAGUGAGGCAGGCAGGUGAUUAAGAGGGGAAAUGUUCAUGCGAUCGCACGGUACCACACGAGACUUGAAAAGUCCAUGAAUGUGACGAUGCGAGUCGCCCCAUGUAGAAGGUAGGGGAUACAGAUGAUAAGGCCGGGGGGGGUGUAUUUGUAUAUCUGUUAGUGAAUUGUGAUGUGGGUCUAUAAGAAAGAUUGUAACUUGUGCCCCCGAGUUUAAUGGGUUCAUUUUGGGCCUCCUCAUUCACAUACAUACAUACAUACAUAUAUAUAUAUAUUACUUUCUUUCCUUC